AUGAAGGCGGCACUAGUUUCUCUCUUCCUCUUCUUUGCAUUUCCCUUGGCCUUUGCUCAACAAGUUCUGGACACAAAUGGCAACCCCAUUUUCCCCGGUCGCGAGUACUAUAUCUUGCCAUCCGUAGCUGGCCCACCCGGCGGCGGAGUGAAGCUCGGCACAACCGGAAACUCAAAGUGUCCAGUUACUGUCCUUCAAGGUUAUUCUGAAGUUGUCAAUGGCAUCCCUGUGAAAUUUACUAUUGUGGGAAUAAGUACCCUCCAGAUUUACGAGAAUACUUCUCUGAAAAUAGAGUUCACAAAGAAGCCAAAAUGCGUAGAAUCUUCCAAGUGGAUUCUCUUUUUUGACAAUGAAAUCGAGAAAGCUUGCAUGGGCAUUGGUGAUCCCGAUGACCAUAAUCCUGAUGACCCGCAUAUUUUCCUAGGAACAUUUACCAUUAAGAGGGCCAAAUUCGGGUACAAGCUUGCGUUCUGUUAUUAUGAAUCAAAUUGUAUGGAUAUUGGAAGGUUUAAUAAGAAUGGUGAAGGUGGAAGGCGUUUGUAUCUCACUAAGGGUGAACCUUUUGAUGUUGUGUUCAUAGAGUCUAGUUCUUACAAUAAUGGAAUUAGGUCUGUAGUUUAAUUUGAAUAUGCAUGUAAAAGUAGGG